AUGUUGAGAACAUUUGCGAGAAAAGCAGCUUCUUCUUCUUCCUUUCUUUCCUCAAAUCCAUGUUUAUCAAUAUCCCCCCAGAUUCUUCUCCCUCGGAAGAGGGAAUUCUGCUUGGGCGUCCUUCCCGAUGGAAUUGAUCGGAGCUCCGAUGCCUUCGCUCGCAAUUCCGAAGCCAUGGACGGCUUCAUUUCCGAGCUUCGUUCCCACAUUAACAAGGUUCUAGCUGGGGGCGGGCCCGAAGCCUUGAAGAGAAAUAAGAGUCGCAAUAAACUACUUCCGAGAGAACGGAUUGAUCGCCUUCUUGAUCCUGGCUCUUCCUUCCUCGAGCUUUCUCAGCUCGCUGGCCAUGAACUGUAUGAUGAACCCUUGCCGUCUGCUGGGAUAAUCACUGGGAUAGGCCCUGUUUAUGGACGACUAUGUAUGUUUGUGGCCAAUGAUCCUACAGUGAAAGGAGGGACUUACUAUCCCAUCACCGUCAAGAAACAUCUUAGGGCUCAGGAGAUUGCUGCAAGAUGCAGCCUACCCUGCAUAUAUCUGGUUGAUAGUGGAGGGGCGUUCCUUCCGAAGCAAGCCGAGGUGUUUCCUGAUAGGGAUAAUUUUGGCAGAAUAUUUUAUAACCAAGCUGUAAUGUCUGCCGAAGGCCUUCCUCAAAUAGCUCUUGUAUUGGGUUCUUGCACUGCUGGGGGUGCUUACAUUCCCGCUAUGGCAGAUGAGAGUGUGAUGGUCAAAGGAAAUGGCACUAUAUUUCUUGCAGGUCCACCACUAGUAAAGGCUGCUACAGGCGAGGAAGUAUCUGCAGAGGACUUAGGGGGUGCCAGUGUACAUUGCAAGACUUCUGGAGUUUCAGACUAUUUUGCUCAAGAUGAAAUGCAUGCACUGGCUCUUGGGAGAAACAUCAUUAAGAACUUACACAUGGCUGGGAAAGAAGGUUUGAUAAAUGGACGGCAAAACAUAGACCAAGACUUCAAGGAGCCUUUAUAUGAUGUCAGGGAACUUCGGUCCAUUGCCCCAACUGAUCAUAAGCAGUCUUUUGAUAUUCGCUCUGUCAUAGCUCGAAUUGUUGAUGGAAGUGAAUUUGAUGAAUUCAAGAAACUAUAUGGAACGACUCUAAUUACAGGCUUUGCCAGAAUUUUUGGUCAGCCUGUAGGAAUUAUUGGAAAUAAUGGGAUAUUAUUUAAUGAAUCUGCUUUAAAGGGGGCACAUUUCAUUGAGCUAUGCACACAGCGAAAUAUUCCUUUGGUCUUUCUUCAGAAUAUCACUGGAUUUAUGGUUGGCUCAAGAUCUGAAGCAAAUGGUAUUGCAAAGUCCGGGGCAAAAAUGGUCAUGGCAGUUUCUUGUGCAAAGGUCCCAAAAGUUACAAUCAUAGUUGGCGGAAGCUUUGGUGCUGGAAAUUAUGCAAUGUGUGGGCGUGCAUACAGUCCCAAUUUUUUGUUCCUAUGGCCGAAUGCGCGAAUUUCUGUGAUGGGUGGUGCCCAGGCUGCUGGUGUACUGAGUCAAAUAGAAAAGAGCAAUAAGAAGAAGCAAGGAAUUCAGUGGGACAAAGACGAGGAGGAAAGGUUCAAGGCGAAGGUCGUCGAGGCAUACGAAAAGGAAGGAAGUUCUUAUUAUUCCACAGCUCGGCUAUGGGAUGAUGGAAUCAUCGACCCAGCUGAUACCCGAAAGAUUAUUGGUCUGUGUGUGUCGGCUUCCCGGAACCGUGCCCCUGAAGAUACGAAGUUUGGUGUAUUUAGAAUGUAAAAUUGCAUUAUGCACAGAUAUAUCUCUGCUCGUUGGUUUCAAUGUGUAAAAGAGAUGAUUUUAUGUACAUGUUUAGCUUUUCCCAAACACUGUUCUCUUACAUUCAAAAUAAUGAAAUAAUACAGCACUUCUACUCUGGAA